ACAAUUGAAGUAUUCACUUUAUGGCAAAAGCAGGCGUCUUUUCUUCGCGCUACACGCUUUAGGAAGAUGUUAAGUGGGGUUUAGAAGAAGCCUCGGAGAGCCUUGUGAACGAGUCUCUAUCCUCUACACCACUGAGGUCGGAAAUGUUGCAAUACCCCCACUUUAAGUCACACCUCUCCCAAGAGGUAGAGAGCCAAUUUUCGAGAGAGGAAGAAAGCUUGAGAGUAAUUCAAAUCAAGCCCAUUUUAUACGACAAUUCAACCAAACUCUUGGACUUUAAAGCCAUAAAUAAGAGCGAGGCGUGGUGGCACACGCCUGUAAUAAAUUUGGGGAGAUGAGGCAGCGAGAUCGCCCGAGUUCGAAGCCAGCCUCGACUACAAAAUGAGUUCUAGGCCAGCUUGAAUUACAUAGCGAGACCUUGUCUCCAAAAAGAAGUCACAAAUGAAGUCCAGAAAUGCAAAGGAAGUUUCAAGGAACGCUGUAAAGAAGAGAUCUGCAGAGCUAACGUCCCAAUUACAGCUUUUCAGAGCUGGCUCCAAAAUCGGAGAGAUGUGACGUCACAAUCAAGGCUUUCCGCACCCCCACCCCCGCCCCGGGCCAGGCCCUCUGGCUAUGAUUGGCUGAUUUGUACUAUGGGUACUGGAGAAGGGCGGGAACAAAUCGCCAUGACAAAGAAAGACAGUCUUUGAGUGGGAUUCAAAAGGAAGGGAGAGCUGCAGGGGCUCCCAGGCUAAGAUCCCUGUGUAGUUUUGAUUACGCCCACCACAGCUCCCGGGAGCUGGAGGGCUGGGGACCCGCCGGAUCCAGAGUGUCCCCAGCCCUCUCCAGAGAGGGCGGGGGCCAGGGGCGGGGUUAGGAAGAGCAGGGAGGCGGGGGCGAGGUAGCCGAGUGGCCCCUGGCUGGGGCCAUGGAGAAGCAGGAAAGGCCGGGAGAUGCUAGCGGCCCUCGUAGGGAAUCCCCUGGAGGGGCAACCAAGGGAGUACCUGGAGGGAUCAGAGGAACAGUAACAGACACAACGCUACCCUCCGGAGUAGUCUUGUUUCACGGUUCGGGACCCCCCUUGCACUCCAGGGGCACCUCAAUUCACAAUCCUGGUUCAAGCCGGCCUUCCCAGGGGGCAGUGACACUUGGUUCUGAGCCCAGUCAGCACCCUGGGGAGUUUGCAGGCUACAGCCGUGGAUCCAGCACAUCCUCUGGUGGAUUCAACAUCCCUUACCCUGGAACCAGUCUAACCGCAGCGUCCAGCUCUGGGCCUGGGGAGCCUAGGGUAUACAGUUUGGGGCGCAGUCCGGGCUCCGAGUCAACUUCCUUGCAUCCCUACAACUCCUGUGAGGACCAUCCCCGGAGCAUCUUGAAACACAACUGCAAUAUCUUGCAACAGAAAUCACCCAGUGCGGCGAUGAAAAAGUCUCAGCAUUGGGAUGAGAUGAAUAUCCUGGCCACUCACCAUCCAGCUGAUAAAGACUAUGGUUUUAUGAAAGUGGAUGAGCCCAGCACCCCCUAUCACAGACUGCAGGACAGUGAUGAGGACCUGUCUGCAGGGUCCUCCCUCAAUGUGACCCCUGAAGUGCUGGCAGAGAGGUUUGCAACAAUGGACAGUUUCCUCCCCAAGGUCCUCCAGAAUGGUAAUAACAGAUGCUCAAUAGCUACAGACAACUUUUCCAAGACAUACUCCAGUGAUUUUUACAAGCACCGCAAGAGACACUACAAUGAAGGAAAAUUCCUCAGGGCUCAGAAAAACAUGCCCUUGUAUGAUGACAAGGACAGCAACUGGGGCAGCGCCAGCGUCAGCAGUGGUGGUCAAGGUGUGAUGAUGGACCCAAAGUCCAGGCCUGUGGAGAGAGGCUGGCCAGGAGCAAUGGCUGGAGCAGUCAAAGAUGAGACUGCUCGGGUGACUGUGAGUGACGUCCUAGAAGCCAAAGAUUCCUCUACCUGCAGAAAUCAGUUCCUCCCAGCAUCGGCCUCCAUCAUAUUGGAAGAGAUUGAUGAGCAACGCAAGGAAUAUUACAACAAAGGAAUAUACCUGAGAUCCUGCUCCCACCCAGAACUUGAAGAGGACACAGAAGACGAACAGCAGAACGAAGCUACCAUGUCCUCCAGUGACAGUGGGUCUCAAGUGGUAUCCAGCUGGUAUCAAUGGCUGGAGGCCAAGGGGCUGAGCUGCCAAAGCCCAGGGAACUCAGAGAGGGAACAUGGGAGCAACCAGAACCCACCAAACUGGAACAGGCGCAGAUAUGAGCCUGGGCAGAGAUGAGACCUGAAGCUCCAAUGGACGGACUCAGGAAGAGGAAAUCAGACAACGGAAAACAUAGCCAGCUCGGGGUGGGAUAAAGGCAACCUUCCCCUGCCCUUACUACCCUAGGAAUGGACAAUAAAGAUAAGAACAGCAGGAAUCUGGUCACUGUGAAUUGGUUGUCCAGGCUGGUCCUGCUAGGUCAGGGAUAGGAGUGGUGGGAGGAAUGUUUACACACAAGAAACCCAAAAAGCAGUCCAGAGAGAAGGAAGCUGAGAGCAGCUCAGUAACUAGUUUCAACAAGAAUCUAGGAAUGAGAAGAUCCAAGCUGCAGCAGGAUGACAAUGAGUGAUACAAUUAAUUUAGUUGAUCAUAAAUUUACCCAGUAGCAUUUUUUCUUUC